AUGCCACUCUUUUCCAAUGUCCCAGCACUGCGCCUGACAUUGGCCUACGCCCUGAGCGAGCCGUCCUCUCUACUCCCGCACAGAACCAUACCUACACUCCUUCCACUUCCACUGCCAAUCGGCCCGUGGCUUCCCUCUCUCAACAGCACAGGCAAGAAACCGACUAUUCGCGCCCUGGUUCUUGACAAGGAUAAUACGCUAUGUCCGCCGGAGACAACCAAGCUCCAUCAAUCAUAUAUAAACAAGCUUGAGAAAUUGAAACAGAGCGACGAAUUCUCCCACAACCCACACAGCAUCCUCAUCGUCUCCAACACGGCGGGCAGUUCUUCCUCGGCUGAGCAUGAAGCUGAAGCCAAGCUACUGGAAAAGGAGCUAGGAAUCCCCGUCUUGCGCCAACACCCUGACCGCAAGAAACCGUUCUGCGGUCCGGAUAUUUUGGCCCACUUCAAGGAUCAUGGCGUCACAGAGGACGCGCAAGAGAUUGUGGUUGUGGGAGAUAGAUUAGCGACGGACGUUCUGUUGGCUAGAGAGAUGGGUAGCUGGAGUGUCUGGACGAGAGACGGGUGGCGGAACCCGGAGACGCCGGGACGGGAUUAUCGGGGUUUCUUUGGACGGAUGGAAAGUCGAUUUGAGAGAUUCAUGAGGGGCGGACUAGGCAGGACGGCGCCGUUACCGAAGACGGGUCCAAGUUCGUGA